UCGCUCCGCGGCAGCCUCCUUCCCUCCUUCCCUCCCUCCUUCGCUGCCUCCUUCCCUCCCUCUCCCUCUCCCUCUCGUCCCGCCAUGUCGUCCGCCAAGCACCGAGGCCCCAAGGGGGGCAGCCCGCCCGCCGCCGCCAACGCCAACGAGCGGGGCUCGCAGCCCGGCGGCGCCGAGGAGGCGGCGGCCAAGAAGCCGGCGGCGGCGGCCCACGGCCGGGGCGGCAGGGCCGCGGCGGGGGGCGGCGGCGGGGGAAACCGCUCCGGCUCCGGCUCCGGUCCUCGCCGCGGCUGGGCGCUGCUGCUGGGCGCCGCCGUGGUGCUGGGCGCCGCGCUGCCCGCCGGCUGGUACGUGCGGCAGCUGCGGGAGGAGGUCGGGCGGAGCGCCCGGGAGAGGGAGGCCUCCGGCAGGCAGCGGCAGGAGCUGGCCGCCACCCUGGACGCCGUGGUGCAGAAGGUGCGGUCCCUUCAAACCACGUUUGGGGAUUUUGAAUCCAUGAUGAAAAUUGCUCAGCAGAAGCAGGAGGUUACUGAGAAGGCUGUUAAGCAAGGGGAGAGUGAAAUAAACCGGAUCAGUGAAGUGCUUCAGAAGCUGCAAAAUGAAAUUUUGAAAGACUUGUCUGAUGGCAUCCACAUGGUGAAGGAUGCAAGGGAACGAGACUUCACAUCGCUGGAAAACACAGUGGAAGAGAGACUAACAGAGCUAACCAAGUCUAUAAACGAUAACAUUGCUGUAUUCACUGAAGUCCAGCAAAGGAGCCAAGAUGAAAUCAACAAUAUGAAAGCAAAGGUUGAUUCAUUAGAAGAAGCAAAUGUGUAUAAGCAUGAGAUAAAGGUGCUAAAAGAUGCUUUUGAUGAGAUGCAAGCAUCCAUGAAAAGCAAAGAAAAGGACAUAGAGACCUUGAAGAGCACAAUAGACUCCAUGGAGUCUGAUGUAUAUACUGAAGUGAAAGAGUUAGUCAACCUCAAACAGGAACAUGAGAAAUUCAAAGAGGCUGCAGACACCGAACACCUCUCAUUAAAAGCUUUACAAGAGAAAGUUCUGAGGGCAGAGGAUUCUAUUAUGCAUCUCCCUGGUGACAUUAAAAGACUUGAUGAAGAUUUACGGCAGGUUAAAGCCGAGCUCAGCAAAUGGGAAGAAAAUGAACUCUUCAGAAAAGCAUUAGAAACUUUUGAAAAGAACAGUGAAGGACUGGAGUCUCGACUGAGACACAUAGAAGAGAGCUUGGAGUCUCUAACUUCUGUUGCUGCUCAGCAUGGUGAAAAGUUGCAAUCUUUCCUUUCUAAGGAGGCAGAGUACGAGAAUAAGCUCAAUACUCUAGAACAAAGCAUGAGUGAUCUUCAGGGAAUCUCGGGUAUGGACGUAACUUCAGUCUCAGAUGUUCUCAAAACUCUUGGUGAAUCACAGACCUCACUGUACAAUGACGUAGAGAACUUGAGAAGAAGUAUCAGUGACCUGCCAUCCUCUGGUGCUCUUCAGGAUGUCCAGAAGCAAAUCAGUACUUUGUUGGACCAAGGAAAUCUUCAGACAGAUCAAGCACAUUCUCAAGGCUAUCUUGAAAAAUUUAAUUCUGUGGAAGGCUCUGUAGAUGAACUGAGAUCUUCUGUCAGCCAGGUUGAUUCAGAUUUGAAAAUGAUCAGAACUGCAGUGGAUAGUUUAGUCUCCUACUCCGUGAAAAUUGAAAAUAAUGAGAACAACUUGGAGUCUGUGAAGAGCUCAAUAGAUGACCUGAGGAAUGAUCUGGAAAGAUUGUUUGUGAAAGUAGAAAAAAUACAUGAAAAAGUGUAGGCAGCAGUGUUCCUUGUGCAAAUAUUGGAUUAUAGAAAAUAGCUUUUGUACGCCCAGUUUUUUACUCUUUUUAAAUGCAGUUUGAUACCUCCAAAGAGAAUAAGAAUACUUUAAUAAUAGAGACAGUUCUGCUUAUUUCCUUUAUUUCUCUUUUUGUGUAGUUUUUAUUUUUUGUUUCCUAUUUUGUUUUAAGAAGACGUGAGUUUAGUUGGGGGUUGAGUUUCUAAGGGCUCUUCUCUGCAAAGUUGAACCGCUGAAACCGUAGUGGUGUAACUAAGGCAUGGCAGCCUCGUUAGCAUGGGCACAUAUUUAACGGUGUUAAGGUGUUUCACACUAGGACACUAUAUAACCCACACCAAAGGGCCACGACUGUUCUGGUAUGAAGAAGUGCCGUACGCACUGACGAUUUUAGUGAUGUAUUUGGUUCAAGAAACAAAGGAACAAACCUAUCACCCUGUACUGCUACACUGGUAAACCGUGGACCAGGUUCGAAGCAACUCGUCUGUUUCUGCAGUUUGGGGCUCAGCCGUGGAGUCAGUACCAGGUACCAGCUGAGCUGCAGUACGUUUCUGUGUGCCCGUAAUCUGUACUAUGGAGCUAACAGGCGUUAGCUGGACCCCCAGUAAGGAAAGGUUUGGGGUAAGUGGUGUUGCUUGGGGAUGAGACCUGAGAGAGGUGCUCCACCGCAUGGCGGGAGAGAUUUAUUGUGUGAUUGCAGGCUUCUUUACCAGCGUCUGUAGCUGCCAGUGAGGAAGAUCAGUGCUUAACAUGGACAUCUUGAAGAGGGGGAAAGUUUCGACAGAGUACAGUCAUAUUCCUGUCAUAUUUUUGGGCUGUUUACAUGAUGAGGCCGUUUCUUGUAAAGUCCUACUUCUCCGUGAUGCAGGAUUUUCUGUAAAAGCGAUCACAAAUUUGAAUGAGGGAGGACAAAAAUCACAGUUCUCGUGUCACUGUAUAGCAAGCAUGCUAAUAAUAAUGUUACACUUCACAACACAAAAGGGGGGAAAUCAGCAUGAAAUCAGCAGAAUUGCUUCUAAAUGUGUACUUUUCACACAGCUGUCAGUGACCUGAACUAUUGCUGCACACUCAGGACUUCGGGUCAGUUCCUUAUCGCUGGUGCCCCCAGGUGUCUGUCUGCCCGGGGCACUGGUGGUGAAGGAUCCUUCCAGUAACUGGUUGAGAGCGAGGAAAAGGUGUCGCAAUACUCUAGAUGUUGGAGUUCUUUUUAAAACCACUUCCGCAACUUUCUCGGUUUUCUGUCUUUAGGAAAGGAUUUCUAAUAUCCCUCCUUUUCAAGUUUACUUUUCAACCUUAUCCAAAGAGUUAAUACAGGUGUCUGCACGUGGAUACAUUGGAUAUAGGGGCCACCGCUGUCUCAUGUGCAUCGUGCCCACCUCUGCCUGCACUUUGACUACAUUAGGAAAAUCAUUCCUAGAAAUAGCACUUCCUAAAAGUGAUGUGUUUGUGGGAACAGCACAGGUAAAAAGGAGUUCUCUUAGGUAGGUAAGAUAGUGAACUGUAUUUCCUGUUGUUCCCACAGUAAAUAGGAAAGAAUUGCUGGCAAAGAAGGAGGGACCCAUGGCAUUAAGAUAACUGUUGUCACCGUUUGAACUGCACUGUUCUCUGUUGACUUCUCAAGUUCUUGAACAAUGUUGUUUAGGUUACUGUGAAACGAACUGUAUGGCUUAUUUGCGGUAUUUUUAAUACAUAAUAAACAUUUGGAAUAUUCUUUGCA